CGCGCGGACGAAGAUGCUUGUGCUCGAGCUGAGCGUGUGCUUGGCCGUUGCCAGCGUCAUCGCAGCUUCAAACGCCGUACACGCGGAUCUCAACGGCACCGUGGAGGCGGAUGGAGCGCGAGGACAAACGACGCUGGGCGACAUGUUCAGGGAGGUGGAGGAGCUGAUGGAGGACACGCAGCACAAACUGGAGGACGCGGUACAUCAGAUGGACAAUGAAAGUGCAAAAUCCAGCCAACAUGUCCAGAACUUCGCCUCACAUUACAACAACGAAAGCAGUUCAGAGACUGUUCUCGGAAAUCAAUCCGCCCCGGCUGUGGAGAAGAUCGAUAAGAUUUCAGAGAAUAGAACUGAGGAGAUCCGCAUCUCCAGAACCAUUAUCCAGACCAGCGGAAAGGAAAAUGAUACCGACCAUGAAUGCAUCAUUGAUGAGGACUGUGAAAAGGGCAGAUACUGUCUCUAUGAGGUGAACCGCUCCAAAUGUCUGGCCUGCAAGGAGGUGGAUGAGACCUGUACAAAAGAUGAGGAGUGCUGUGAGGAUCAGCUGUGUGUGUGGGGUCAGUGCACGAAGAACACCACCAAAGGAGAAGCGGGCACCAUCUGCGAAUACCAAAGGGACUGCAGCCGCGAUCUGUGCUGUGCUUUCUACAAAGCUCUGCUCUUUCCAGUGUGCGUCUCCAAGCCGACCGAGCGCGAGCGCUGCCUUGUCUCAGCCAAUCAUCUGAUGGAGCUGUUAUCGUGGGAUUUGGAAGGCGAGGGGCCAAGAGAGCACUGCCCCUGCGCUGGGGGCCUAGAGUGCCAACAUCUGGGCCGUGGCUCCUUGUGCUUGAAAGGCCAGAGCUCCAGCGAAGAAGACCUGUCAGACACUCUGUACUCCGAGAUCGACUACAUCGUCUAAAGACUGAAGCGGAACCUGCUCAGGUUGAAGAGCCAAUCGGAGGGAUGAUAGUGAUCCUCUAGUUAUCUUUGCGAUCUGCGCUAUACUUGAAUACUUCAUUGCCCUUGAAAGUCUUUAGCAGUGAGCUGUGCACUCGUUAGGAAACCACUACUCGGACAUAGUUUGGCCACCAUAAACCUAAAGCUACAGCUUGAUCUCCAUACUGUGCUUCGACUAAUGCUGAAACUUAUAGGCAAGACCAAGACCAAGACCAAGACCAAAGCAGUAGAUCUUAGCACGGUUAGUACCCAUAUGUUAAAGCCCAUGCGGGGCUCAGGGAGAGAAGUAAUUGUAUAAAAAUGUACAUAUCUAAGGCUACAUGGUUGGUCAUUGGCAUUACAGCUGAAUUCCACUAAUUGUUCGAAAUUUCUGCGUAGUUAAAUCGUAAAGACGUAAACAAUGUCAUCCAGAGUGGUUUGCUGUGAAAUUCACCAUUUUAAAGAAACUCAGAGUCAGAAUGGCUCACAGUGGUGUUGAUGGGAACCAGAGGUCUGACGUGUUUAAUGCCUCUAAAAGCUCCCUCACAGUUAUUACAUGAUGGUUACGAAUGCACAAUAGAUUUGUGAAAAGGUUUGAGCCUAGAAUAUAUUUGAGAAAAAAAAAAACAUUUAUGGCGGAGAGAUACUGUAGGGAAUUAUGAGGCAAAAUAGUCCCCAAAGAAUUACCACCAUUACUAUCAUCAACAUUAUAUAUAAAACUCAGAACACAUGCAUAGGUUAACUGAUCAACUCUGGUCAGUAAAGGAGAGGCUAUGUUUGUGUUGUAGACUUCACAACCUCUGGUUCCCAUCACUGCCACUGUAAAGAAUUCUGAGUCAGUUCAUUUCUGUACAGUGAACCAUUUCACAUCAGAACACUGUGUUUAUAUGUCAACAAAUUAAUUAUGCAAGAAUUUAUUAAAAAAGCAGUGGAACUCCCCUUUAAAGAAUGAGUAGUACAGAAUUGUAUGUUCCUAUUUAGACUCUUCAAAGCAGCAUUACUCAUACAAAUGUCUCAAUACUGUGAAAUGAAACCUUGUAAAAGUGAAUAAAAUGUGGAAAAGU